UAUAUAUAUAUAUAAAAACAACAAUCGCACAAGGAUUUUUUAAUUGCUUGUAGAAGAUGACUUUUGUCUACUUGAUUUUCCUCCCUGACUACUGUAAAUGGAUCCUUACUUCAAUGCUUUAAUGGUACUAAUAUGAGGCAUUGCAUUCAUUGUUGCAUCGCAUUGUUAUCAAAUGACUUGCAUAAACAGUGUUUCAAAUGCCGAGGCCCGAGUCAUAACAUUCAAAAGUGUCAUCUAUGCAGAGGAGAAAAUCAAGUUUUGUUUGUGGAUAGCAAGCAGAUGAACUUACUUGCAGUUUUGGAAGUGAGGACUGAUCAUAAUAAUAGCUGGGCUGGACUAUUUUGUUUGAAGAAAGGGAAGAUAUGCAGCUUAUUUUUUGGGUUAUUAAUAAUGAUGUUAGUGACCGCAUCUUAUAUUCUGACCGGAACUAAAGAUGGUCUUUUGCUUAUGCAACCAACACUCCGUUAUGGAGUUUUUACCAGCAAUUCAAACUUAAUGGACAAUGGCAAUUUCUGUGAUAAGAAAGAACAUUACCAAAAAUCUAAAAUGAAUAUUUCAUAUGCAAAGGAUUAUUCCAACAUUAAAGUACUUAUUGACACUAUUGUUUCACACAUUGAGUUUGUACCAAGAUAUCCUCCUCACUUGGAAGAUCUGAAGAAACAAGAGGCACAUAUGUUCUCAGUCAUUCCCAACAAAUUUCUCCCAAACAGCAAGAAUCCUUGCUGGUAUGAAGAAUACAAAGGAAACAGUACUAGAAACCCUUAUGCCACAAAUUCCUAUGCCUUGUAUUCCAAACGUUUUCGUACAAUAUUUGACUAUCUUCGAAAGGUAUUUUGGAAUCAUUUAUAUCAUUAUGAUGACAAAUAUUACCGGCUGCGUUGUCUUCCUCAUUUUUAUAUCAUUGGCCAACCAAAAUGUGGAACAACAGAUCUUUAUGAUAGGCUUAGAAGACACCCUGAAGUGAAAUUUUCAGCAAUUAAGGAGCCUCACUGGUGGACCCGAAAACGUUUUGGGAUAAUUCGUUUGAGGGAUGGAUUUCAUGAUCGUUACCCUGUGAAUGAUUACCUAGAUUUGUUUGAUUUGGCUGCCCAUCAGAUUCAAAAUGUGCUGCAGAGAGAUUCUGAGAACAACUAUGAAAAGAGGAGCAACAUUAUUAUUGGAGAGGCAAGUGCUUCAACAAUGUGGGACAACAAUGCUUGGAUUUUCUUUUAUGAUAACAGUACAGAGGGGGAACCUCCAUUCUUAAUACCAGAUUUUAUUCAUGCCUUCCAGCCAAAUGCAAAGCUUAUUGUUAUGCUUAGAGAUCCUGUUGAAAGAUUAUAUUCUGAUUAUCUCUACUUUGCAAGUGCUAAUAAAUCUGUAGAAGACUUCCAUGAAAAAGUGGCUGAGUCAUUACAACACUUUGAGAAUUGCUUGACAGAUUUCUCUUUGAGAGCCUGUGUGUACAACAACACCCUUAAUAAUGCCAUGCCAGUAAGACUUCAGGUUGGUCUAUAUGUUGUUUUCCUCCUUGACUGGCUGGCCAUUUUCAAUAAAGAUCAAAUAUUAGUUCUCCGGUUGGAGGAUCAUGCAUCCAAUGUAAAAUUAACUAUGCACAUGGUGUUCCAGUUUCUUGAUUUAGGUGCUCUAAGCGAAAAACAAGAAGCUCUAAUUACUAAAAGUCCUGCAUCAAACACUAGAAGACCUGAAGACCGGAAUCUAGGUCCUAUGUUGCCUGUCACAAAAGAAAUAUUGUGUGAUUUCUAUCAGCCUUUCAACAAAAAACUUGCUGAAGUUCUUUCUGAUGAAGCUUUUUUAUGGAAAAAGUCCUGAUUUGACCAUUUCAGAGCCCCACCACUGCAGUGCUUGGAAAGAAAAGGAUAUAUUUUUAAAAAUUUUGUUUUUCAGAUGUAAAUAAUUGCCAUUGUGAAGUCAGUAAAUCUGCAUUUUCAUGUUUCUCUUACUUGCUAUUAUGCCAUAUUCUUUUCCACACUGGACCCUUUCAAGUGUAUCAUCCCCGGAACUUGAGUCAGCAUGGGAAUUCCUUAUUGAGGAAUGCUGGAAUACAAACUGAAUUUCCAAAGAGGAAUAUAAUGAUUUUUGCCAUUUUUCCUCAACAAAAGAACAGUGUACAGAUAAGUUUGGUUGAAGCAAUCGUAAAUCUUCUGGUUUUAAAAUAACUGUAUUACAAUACAGAAAUUAGAACUAGAUACCUAAAAUGCACAUUUGUUCUCACUUUUAAGUAUAUCUUGCAGUAUUUGGAAACUGUUUAAAAUGGCUUUUUAACCAUUAAAGUUAAUUAAUUUUAACCU